AUGCCCGGUCGUGGCGCCGCCAUGACCAGGCAUGACCAGCCCUAUCCAGUAUCAAGCAAACCAUCAGCCCCUCCCUCAUUACAUUUCUCAUUCUCUUCUAGCCGCUCCAUCAUCGACCGAAACUUGCCAACACAUGUUUUAAAUAUCUACGAUGGAGUCCCUUUGCCAAAUCAAGCAUUCGGGGUUUGCAAAGCUCCGCUUCAGGAGUUGACUACCCAAAAUAUGAACCCGGCCAUCGUCUCUUCAGCCAAACGUGGGCCAUCUAGCGAUCGUCAGUAUGACGAACAUGCAAAGAAGUCAAAGAUUUCCCAAGCAAAUCCUGAAGUAGACUCCAUCAACUUGAGUUCUAUCUUAUUAUUACCGAGCCCUGGUAUACAGAUUGGCUCAAGCAGUUCGGCUACCAUAUCAGAGGAUAAGCCGCAUGCCGGCUUGCAGGCAAUGCCAGUACUCGAGCAAAAGGUAUUAGAAGAGUCUGUGCUUAACGCCUUUGAAUACAGCGACAAUGUUAUCGUAUUGGGAGAGAAAAUAUUCCCUGUACCGAUAGGUAGCGAAAUCAACAGUUUUCUCAAGUUCAAACGCGCCCACCCCAAUUCGGGAGGAAGAGCUCAUGCUCUCACAUAUCCCCAACGAACCAUACCAACCUGUUGGAACGUGGCAGUCCAAAAGCCGUCAGAUCGGACCUUGCUAGCCUUCUAUUGUCCGGGAAUCCGAUCGGCUAUUCUAUGCCUUGCUGCUGUGCAUCUUCACGACCAUACCCCGGACAAAGAAAAUGGGGAUCGAGUGAUCCACAACUAUGCAUUCGGCUAUAGAGCCAUCCAAUUACACAAGCGCACUGUUGCAUACCUCCGCGACCUCCUCAACUGCAAGCAAGACGGAUCACCUAUCGAGAUCUUAUCAUUACUGAUAAUUCUUUCCACUAUAGAUGCCCUCCGGAUCGAGCAUCAAACGAAGGCUCCUUUUGAGCCAGCAUGGUAUCAGGGAUUAAGGCUGGCGGAAAAGUACCUCGAUAACAUGGGGCAGAAACCCGCUUUCUUGGAGGAAGAAUGCUGGAAUCAGAAGAUUCCAAAGCGUAUAAGAGACACCUUGCCGUUCAACUUUAGGGAGUCCCCACCAACGAGCCCUCAGCACCCCCAGCCGACAAGCCUUCACAUCUCUCAGGCCGUCUUGGUUGCUCGGGGAAUCAUCCUCACGCAGGCUUCAUCUGAGGAUGUCUGGACAAUCCAUGGAGGAUGCGGCACUUCACCGAAACUACUGCAUAUCAUGAGUCAGAUUAAUUACUGUGCCACAAGGUUUCAUCAGGAUAACCGAAGUAUUGUGGUGCCCCUGACAGCAAAGAAAUUACUCCAGCUGCUAUAUGAGCUAAAAUCCACCGAGUCGGCCGAGUCUUCUAUUGACUCCACUACGAAGGUGAUCGAACAAACAGCUUAUGCUUGGCUUCUCACCGCGAUCAUCUACCUUCGAUGCCGAGUGCAGAGGUACCCCCCGAGUCACCGAUAUGUGAGAAGGCAUUUAGCAGCCCUAGCCAAAUGCAUACAAGCAGUCCCAGCAUCUGGACUAUUUUUCACGGCAAAUGCCCCUAUUCUCCCUGUAUUCAUACUUGGUUUAUUGUCUGUAAAGAAUAGAGGAGUUGCGCAAGACUGGUUUGAGACGGUACUUCAAGUGCCGGUUAGAAGUACUGUUCCCCCUAUCUACGAAGCUCUGAAGCGAACCUGGGAAUGGAAACAGAUAUGGCCUUCAGCUAAAAACCUACCUCGUCUAAUCCAAGAAAGAGAGCCUUGGUGGGAGAAGCUGGUUGAUCGACUUCUUAUUGAGACGGGAGGCAUGCUAUGUUUUAUGUAA